UCUUGUCCCGCAGGGCCAGGCCAGGAAGGCAGCAUUCCGGGUGGAGAGAGUAAAGAGAAAUAGACAGUAGAGACUUGAGGCCGUAGGACUGUUUAUUUACAGCCAAGAAUUACGGGCUGAGCGUCCGGACGAGCGGCGGCUUGUAUGCGGGAUAUGGGCAACUCGGGGCAAAUUCUGGGACAAGACAUGGAGCACUAAGAUAGCCCUCUCCAUCCAUCUCCAUUUGCUGCCUCGGCUGCAGCUUGCCAAAUCCAACCAUCUACCCCUGCUGUAGCGGUUUGGCCUGGGCUCCUCCAAGAGAAGGAGAGGGGGCAAAAAACCCAAGUGGGAGGGAGUAGUAAACUCUCCCCAGCUGCUGUCCAGACACACACAUGCUGCAUUGCUGCCAUUCCCCAAGCCCUGCUCCAUCUUUCCCUAGGGCACAGCCACUAGCUUGCUAGCAAGCUAGCGAUUGGCACGAAAUCAAGGCCUGUCCUCAGGGAUAAAAAUACAAGCUGACUGUGUACACGGGCCUCUUCCUUUUUUCUCCCUUUUCCCGGGCCAGCUAGCCACAUACUUACCAAGUGGGACUCCUUUUGUUUAACCGUCAUUCCUGCUGUCCCGAGCAGUGGCCGAUUGAUAAUAGGCCGUCAGUCAUACAGCUGGGCAGACUGAAGAAACCAGAGGUUCUGUUCUUCCGAGGAGAGGAUGAUGGAGCCGAGCAUGGAGAACUGCCUGACCCAGGUUCUGCAGAAGGACGUGGGCCGGCGGCUGCAGGUGGGGCAGGAGAUCAUCGAUUACAUUUUGGACAAAGAGAAGUCUCAUGAUCUGGAGCAAGAUCAGACAGCGCUGGACAAGAUGGUUGAUGGCAUUGCCAGCUCCUGGGUCAACUCUAGCAACUUCAAGGUGGCUCUGCUCGGCUUGGACCUCUUAUCUGCUGUAGUGACGAGGUUACAGGAGAGGUUUAGGGCCCAUAUAGGAACAGUUCUACCCAGCCUUAUUGAUCGAUUGGGAGAUGCCAAAGACCAAGUGCGAGAACAAGACCAAACUUUGCUGCUAAAGAUCAUGGAACAAGCAGCCACCCCGCAGUAUGUAUGGGACAGAAUGCUGGGAGGCUUCAAACAUAAAAACAACAGGACCAGAGAAGGAGUGUGCCUUUGUCUCAUCGCCACACUGAACACAUAUGGAGCUCAAGGCCUGACCCUGAGCAAAAUAGUUCCCCACAUAUGUAACCUCCUGGGGGACCCCACAAGUCAGGUACGUGACGGGGCUAUGAGCUGCUUGGUGGAGAUCUACAGACACGUGGGGGAGAGGGUGAGGCUGGAUCUCAGCAAGAAGGGCCUUCCUCAGUCACGGUUGAAUGUAAUCUUCGGCAAAUUCGAUGAAGUCCAAAGAUCCGGGAACAUGAUCUCAUCUUCUGGCUCAGAUAAGAACUUUGAGGAUGAGGACUCUGUGGAUGGAGGCCGGUCCUCCUCCUCCUCGUCCUCCAAGGCUCCCCCCAGUGGCAGGAGGACCGUAGUGAGCUCCGUUAGAAGACCCAGCUCCGCCACCACCACAAAGCCCACAGCUAAAGAGGCAGCUGCUGGGGCUGUAGAUGAGGAGGAUUUCAUCAAAGCCUUUGAAGAUGUGCCCUCAGUCCAGUUCUACUCUAACAAAGAGCUGGAGGAGCAGCUGUCCAAGAUAAGAGAGGUGCUGUCUGACGACAAACAUGACUGGGAGCAUCGAGUGGUAGCGCUGAAGAAGAUCCGUUCACUCCUGUUGGCGGGAGCUACUGAGUAUGAGGGUUUCCCUCAGCAGUUGCGACUUCUGGAGGCUCCUCUCAAGCUGUCAGCUAAAGACCUGCGCUCCCAGGUGGUUCGUGAGGCCUGCAUCACAUUAGGAUAUUUGUCAUCGCUGCUCCGUAACAAGUUCGACCAUGGAGCGGAGAGUAUCAUGCCCACGCUGCUGAACCUCGUGCCCAACAGUGCCAAAAUCAUGGCCACGUCCGGGAUGGCUGCCAUUCGCCUCAUCCUCAGGCACACACACUAUCCACGUCUGAUCCCCAUUAUUACCAGUAACUGUACCUCCAAAUCAGUUGCAGUCAGAAGACGCUGUUAUGAGUUCCUCGACCUCAUGCUGCAGGAGUGGCACACUAACACCUUGGAAAGACAUGUGGCUGUUCUGACCGAGACCAUCAAGAAAGGCAUACAUGAUGCAGACUCUGAAGCUAGAUCCAUUGCAAGAAAGUGCUACUGGGGUUUCCAUGGUCACUACAGCCGUGAGGCAGAGCAUUUGUUCCAGGCCCUCGAGUCCACUUAUCAGAAGGCCCUCCAGUCCCACCUGAAGAGCUCCGACAGCAUCGUGUCUCUGCCCCAGUCCGACCGUUCCUCGUCGUCUUCACAAGAGAGUCUUAACCGCCCAUUUACUGUGAAAAGUGUCAUUGGAGGGAGCAUAACAAGGAGUAAACUGGUGGGGUCCAGGGUGUCCACUACACCAGGCUCCCUCCAGCGUUCCCGUAGUGACAUCGACGUAAACGCUGCCUCCAGCGCCAAAUCCCGUCUGUCCACCGUCCCCGCCUCCUCUCCCUUCAGCUCUGCGUCCGCCCUUCCCCCGGGAUCCUACGCCUCACUGGAUGGCACUCCUGGUAAAAGCGAUGGUCGCGUUCGCACGAGGAGACAGAGCUCGGGCAGCGUGGGGGGAGCCAGUGCGUCAGUAGUGGACAGCAGGGGGCGAAGCCGGGCCAAAGUGGUCUCCCAGUCCCAGCGAUCCAGAUCAGCCAAUCCCAUCAGUGCUGGCAGUCGCUCCAGCUCCCCAGGCAAGCUGCUUGGUCACAGCAGCUAUGGCCGGAUCCCUCGGACCGCAGCGUCAGCCUCCACUACACCAGCAGACAAGCGCAGCAGGAUCCCUCGGAGCCAGGGCUGCAGUCGAGAGACCAGCCCCAGCCGACUGGGCCUUGCCAGGCUGUGUGGUAAAGCUCUUCUCCCUGCUGCUCUCCCCUACCGCACGCUAGCCCGGAGCCGUAUUCCCCGCCCCAGCAUGAGUCAGGGUUGCAGUCGCGACACCAGUCGCGAGAGCAGCCGUGACACCAGCCCCGCUCGGGGCUUCACUCCUCUGGCCUCCCGACGUCACUCCCGUUCAACCAGUGCUCUCUCCACAGCCGACCCCCACGGCCAGUCAGACCGCUAUGGUUUGAUACACCAAGCAAGAAUUUCUGCAUCAGUUAACGCCAUGAGGGUCCUAAACACCGGCACCGAGGUGGAAGCAGCAGUUGCUGACGCACUGCUAUUAGGAGACUCCAGGAAUAAGAGGAAGCCGCUGAGGAGACGGUACGAAUCGCCGGGCAUGUACUCCGAUGACGAUGCCAACAGUGAUGCGUCUAGCGCCUGCUCGGAGCGCUCGUACGGCUCACGAAACGGAGGCAUCCCCCAUUACCUGCGCCAGACGGAGGAUGUGGCAGAGGUCCUGAACCACUGCGCCAGCUCUAACUGGUCAGAGAGGAAGGAGGGCCUACUGGGCCUGCAGAACCUCCUGAAGAGCCAAAGAAUUCUGAGUCGAGUUGAGCUCAAGAGACUUUGUGAGAUCUUCACAAGGAUGUUUGCAGAUCCACACAGCAAGAGAGUGUUCAGCAUGUUUCUGGAGACUCUUGUGGACUUCGUCACAGUACACAGGGAGGACCUGCAGGACUGGCUUUUUGUCCUGCUCACCCAGCUGCUGAAGAAGAUGGGGGCAGACCUGCUCGGCUCAGUCCAGGCCAAAGUUCAGAAGGCACUGGAUGUCACAAGGGAGUCCUUCCCAUUCGACCAACAGUUCAACAUUUUGAUGAGGUUUAUAGUGGAUCAGACUCAGACACCAAACCUCAAGGUUAAGGUGGCCAUUUUGAAGUACAUAGAGUCCCUCGCUCGGCAGAUGGACCCAACAGACUUUGUCAACUCGAGCGAGACGAGGCUGGCAGUGUCUCGAAUUAUUACUUGGACCACUGAACCCAAAAGUUCAGAUGUCAGGAAGACCCUUCAUAACUGGGUGAGCGAGGAGCUAGCUGGCAGGUCCAGUACUGCAGCCUUACUGUCCACUGAGGGCAACCAGGAAGAAAGGUGUAAGCAGGCCGCCCAGGUGGUGCUGAUCGCCUUGUUUGAGCUCAACACCCCAGAGUUUACCAUGCUGCUGGGAGCUCUGCCCAAAACCUUCCAGGAUGGAGCCACCAAACUGCUGCACAACCACCUGAAGAACUCGAGCAAUACCAGCAGCAGUGUGGGUUCUCCCAGUAACACCAUAGGACGGACGCCACCGCGCCACACCCCCAGCAGAACCAGCCCCCUCACCUCGCCAACAAACUGCUCCCAUGGAGGACUUUCCCCAAGUCGGUUGUGGGGUUGGGGUGUCGACGGGCUGUCAAAGCAACCUGCCCCUGCCCCUCCUCCUCCUCCUCCGCCUCACUCCACCCCUGCUGCCCCCUCCUUAAGGGUCCUGCGCAGAGCAUAUUCACCCAGCAUGAUGGAAUAUGACACAGAAAACAUGAACUCGGAAGAGAUCUACAGCUCACUCCGCGGCGUCACAGAAGCCAUUCAGAGCUUCAGCUACCGGAGUCAGGAGGACCUGAAUGAGCCAAUCAGGCGGGAAGGCAAGAGGGACGAUGCAGCUGGGCGAGAAGGAGUCGCAUCCUCUCCUGGUUCUGAUGCCCGCUUGGGCUUGGACAUGGUGGAAGGGGGCCGCACCGCUUUGGACAACAAGACGUCACUACUUAACACCCCAUCGCCUCGCUCCUUCUCAGGACCACGGACCCGUGAGUUUGCCCCUUACGGUUACGGAGAAACCAUCUGCACCUAUGACAAGAGCGCCCUGAAGGAGGCCGUCUUUGACGACGAUGUGGAGCAGUUUCGCGACUGCCGACGUCAGGAAAGUGGUGAAAACAAGAUGACACUCCCCAAGGUCUUUGCUCCUGCGAUCGGUCAGGACCACUCAGACCUGGUAGCCGACCUGCUGAAAGAGCUGUCCAAUCACAACGAGCGCUCUGAGGAGCGGAAAGGCGCCCUGGUGGAGCUGCUGAAGAUCACGCGAGAAGACAGCAGGGCUGUGUGGGACGAACACUUCAAAACCAUCCUCCUCCUUCUGCUGGAGACGCUGGGUGAUAAAGAUCACACCAUCCGAGCCAUGGCCCUGCGUGUGCUGAAAGAAAUACUGAGGAACCAACCGGCCCGCUUCAAAAACUAUGCUGAGCUCACCAUCAUGAAGACACUGGAGGCUCAUAAAGACUGUCACAAGGAGGUGCUGCGUGCGGCCGAGGAGGCAGCAUCCACCCUGGCCGGAUCCAUCCACCCCGAGCAAUGCAUCAAGGUGCUGUGCCCGAUUGUGCAGACGGCCGACUACCCCAUCAACCUGGCUGCCAUUAAGAUGCAAACCAAAGUCAUUGAACGCAUCGCCAAGGACUCAUUACUGCAGCUGCUGCCGGACAUCAUUCCCGGACUCCUGCAGGGCUAUGACAACACAGAGAGCAGCGUUCGCAAGGCCAGCGUGUUCUGUCUGGUGGCUAUCUACUCGGUGAUUGGCGAGGACCUCAAACCCCACCUGGCACAGCUCACGGGCAGCAAGAUGAAGUUACUGAACCUGUACAUCAAGCGCGCCCAAACCACCAACAGCAAUAGCAGCAGUUCCUCGGACGUCUCCUCUCACAGUUAAUGGAGGGAGGCUUCAUUUGGAAGGAGGCACCGUUCCAGGAUUUCCAGGACUCGAAAAAACAAAAAAAAACAAAACAAAAACAGAACAAAAAAAAAAAAAAGCCACGCUUCUUUCAGACUGCUCCCGCUCUGAUCUCCCCCUUCCUCAUCAAAACCAUGCUUUUCUCCCGUUCCGAGGGGAGGGGGGGUUCCUCUCAACCCGUUUUAGUUCCUUCCUCCUAGCACCUCUGCUCUACAAACUUUUGAAUGUAACUGCUGUAUUGGUUUUAGAACGGUGGGGAGCUAAUCAACACAUCAUGAGUUGUUUAAAGGUAGUUUGUCGUCCCCAUGCUUCUCACCACCUUUCCUUUAUUCAGACCUGUUUGAAAUGUGUUAGUAUAAGGAGUUUAUACAUGAUGCUGUGAAAUGCUCACACCUUGAAGAAUCUUCUGUCAAAUCACCCAUGUCAUAUGGCUGGCCCAGUGAUGGUAAUAAGCCCAUACACUUUGGGACGAGUUCUGUUUCGGUUUCUGAUAUUACAAAGAAGUAAUAUAUAAUGGAGCAAUGUGAUAAAAGGUAUUUUUAGUCAGUGCUUAAAUUCGAGGAUCGAUUGCACUCUUUUUUUUUUGUAUGCUCAUUUAUAAUUAAGAGUGGCUUAAUACGUUGUUACACUCGAGGUAACAAGCAAACAAAAGAUAACAUUUGUAAAACAGACAGAAUUGACAAUCUUUAAAACGUGCGCAGGUCUUUUUAUGUUGUGGUGCAGAAGAUGAGAUCGCUGCACCGCUGAUGGUGGCUAUCACGAAAUUUACAAUCGGCACAAAAGAAGAAGAAGAAGAAACUGAGCGUGGGAAAAGUUCUGUUGCUUUUUUUCACUCCACACCUUCUCGUCAGUUACAGAAACAGUGUUUUUUGAGAAAACGGCGUUUGUUGCCAAUUUUUGCAUCCCCUCUCCCACCUCCCCCUCCUCCUGCCUCCUCCUGUCUCCCCCUGGCUCCUGCUCGGUCUGAACGUGCUCAGUGGCUCAGCGGGAAGUCCUUUGUAAAUACUGCAGAUGUAAACUUGGGGAGAGGGACGUUCCAUAAGACGUCACCAGGCCUUAUUCACUUCACACACGCUUCGCUGACUGCGGAGAGGGAAUGAGAUGUACAGCACUUGGCUUUUAAAUAAUGUGAAUCUGCGGGAGAAAACCCCCUCGCUGCGUUUGGACCCGCCUCGAUGCAAAAUACAGUAUUAGUUGUUUCCUCCGAUCUCCUUCGCUUCCCUUUGGCGCGUACACGGCUUCCGCAAUAACCACACAGUCCACCAGUAAAGGAAUUUUGUACAUACAGUCUUUGACCACCGCUUCACAACAUUUCAAAUGAGGUAAAAGUGAACGGGUUGACUGCGUACCUUUAGCGAAAUAGCUUGCAUGAAAUCUGCAGCGCUGUUGACUCUGUUCCGAAGGGCCCAAGGUUUUAGGCUGUCCAAGUGCACUUGUAACAUCAUCGGCUUGUAACCCAUCUCUGAUUUAACGUUUGGGGAGAGGAGGUCGUCACGUUAGCCAUGCUCACAUGUAAAAGGUACAACUUGGAGAAAAUCCGUGACCAAAACUUUGUGUUUGGUAUAUUUAAGUGUGUUAAAGCGUUCAGGCAGGGGAUGAAAUAAAUACCUCCGGGCACGACUCUUUUAUCUGAGGUACCAAAAAGCUUUAAGAUGUUGGAUUCUCUGCAUUGAGCGCCGAACGAAUUCCCUACCUGAUCAGCUUUUUAAUAUUGGACAUGGUUCGGUUUAUCCUGGUACAGUUGAUUUACUGUAGGAGAUAAUGUUUGUUUUUUUGUUGUUUUUUUUUUUUUAAAUCCUCCUUUAAUCUCGUUUGCUUCCUUGGAGCAAAUUAAGAAUAAUAUCUGAUAUUCCUGCUUUAGUUCUCGUUUAGGGAAUCCACUGAGAAUGGGCCAAUUCUGGUUAUUUAAGUAAGAAUGAAUGUAAAGAAUUGAUAUGUUUAUGUUCAAAUUUGCUUUGUUUGAACUUCAGGAAAGUACGCUCUGUAAAAUGCGUCUCGACACUCUGCCUGACUCCUCUGGUUUUUUGGGGCUAUAUUUUCCCAGCGUCCUAAACCAUUAAUCUGCUCACUUUUGUUUUCAACGGAGCCUCUCCCUCUCUCUGCCUCUCACUUAAAGCAAACCUGUAGUCGUCACGAGGGGGGAGAGGUCAUCAAAUUACCAGUUAGCACCUACCAUCUGUCACUGAGACACACGAGGUGGUCCUCUCUACCAACCGCUCACUAUGCAUGUUCAACUCUACACUGUCUUUCUUUUUCGCCUCGGCCGGUCAUGGAAUACUCAUGCCUGUAUUUAUAUAUUUUAUUUGAUAUUAUUUUAUUUGUUCUCCCAUGAUAAAUUGUACAGAAGAUUUUUUUGUGUGUGUGUGUGUGCGUGUGUGUGUUUUAUUUUUUUUUUGUUAACAUCCACCUGUGAUAGAUUUGCAACAAUGUAAAGAAACUGUUUGCUCUAGAAAUAAACAGACUAAGAACUGGU